UGACUAUCGACUUUCCCAUCGAAUCAUCGAGUUGAAUUCAUUUCCUCAGCACAUGGUUGAGGCUCUGUCCGUCGACUCGUUCAAAAGAAAGUUGGACCAACUGAGAGACCACCAUUGCCAAGACUAACAUAGGCCAUCGGGCCUCCUGUCCUUUCUGAACUGAAACUGAAACUGAUUUGGGGUCGUGUUCUAGUAGCGCGUAAUACGUUGUUGGCGUGUCGUCACGCCGUUUUUACUAAUGAUACUGAAUUGGUCACAAAGCCAAAUUCGUGUUCAAAUUAAUUAUUAGGAACUGCUGCGAUGAAUGAAGGACUUCUGAAUGGUCUGCACAUAGUGGAUAACGAAUGGCCAGCUUUAAAUGAGUUGAACAAAAACUCAGGAAGUAAUAAAAGAUUUGUUACUAGACUUAAAUCCAAACAAAAGUGGGAAGAUCUGCCCGUUCAGCUUACUUUUUCUAAAAUCCAAAGUUCGUUACCUUCAGAAAGCAACCUUCCUCCAGAAAUCGGGUAUCCUGCCUAUAAGGAUUUAAAUGAUGUGGAUAAAUUUGAGGCUCCUGAAUGCACCGAACCUAUAAAGAGUGUAAAUCUAGAUAAAAUCCGAAAGUUUCAAAGCAACUGCUCAAACUCUCAAUGGUGUCUAUACGUCAACCCAAAUUUUGCCGGAGUGGAGCUAUGCUACUUAGUGCCUCGGCCAGGAUUUAACCCUCGCGUAUUGUCACACUACCGACACCAUAUUUCUCAAAGCCAACCAUGUAGUUAUGAUACAAGUGAAUGUGUGGCCUGCGUAUCUGAGAGGCUUUCCAGGAUCAGAAAUCAAAUAGAAUACUACUUUGGUGAUAGGAACUUCACCCGCGACCGAUACCUCCAAGAAAAAAUGACUGUUGAUGGAUAUGUGCCUUUAGAAGUUAUAUUAAACUUUCCCAGGAUGAAGCAGUUAGAUGCUUCGAAAAACCUUAUUAUCCAGGCUUGUUGUAACAGCAGUGUUGUAGAAAUUGAUGCUGGUAGAGGACUUAUAAGACGUCGGCUAGCCGUUUCUGAAAGUUAUGGUGUGUCAGUCGAAUCCACAGUUUUCACUCAACAUGCUCCUAUUUCCACCUCGGCCACUACAAUGAGUUCCUCGACAUACACAUCUAAUGCACCUCCUUCAGAUACUGUUAGUAUGGAAGUGACAAACUCAACAUCCACCAUCGCGGGAGAAAUAAACGAUGUUAAUUGGUUGAAGGUGGAACGCCGUCAACGUAGUCGUCUCAAGACUCUGUCUUCAUCCAAUUCAAAUAUCCCUGUUACAACGACUAGUCAUCGUCAAAGGAACGAAUCUUCGUGUUCUGAGUUCAGUGAUAUUGAUGAAGAUGACCUCUUGAAUUAUCUAAUUGUUAUUGUCCCUGAAAGAGCGGGUGGACGCGCUUCUGAUCAAAGCACUCUCAGCGCAAAAGCACAUGUAUCAAAGCCAUCUCGAACAUCUGAAUCGUGGAUUGAAAAAGCUGAUUUCGAAUCCGGUCCAUUGAAUACUACACCUUGUAAUAUUACAAUUGACAAGAGUCAAACAAUACAUAGUGGAUACACAUCUUCUGAACAUGCUGCCAAUUCUUCCCGCCUUUUGGCUAAACACCCAUCUGGUGAUCGCCACCCCAAUCCAGAUCAUCAGUCUCGUGCCAAGAUUCAUGCAGAUAUGCUGCAAAGAAUUCGACUGGGACUUGAGGAUUAUGAACAAAACGUGAAGCGCGAACGUUACACCUCUAUUUGUGAACUUGGUUUUGAAGAUGAUGUUGAAGAACCGAAUAUCUCACUUUUAUCUGAUAAGUCAUCCAGUCAGUCUCUUACUCGCUUGGAAAAAAUCAAUCUUGUUUCACCGGAAGAUUUUGUCAGCCUUAAAGAAGCUGCUGCUUCCGGUUCAACCGAGCGACCAAUCUAUGUUUCUCAUGAAAAUGUCAACAUAUCAGAAGACCCACGCUUAAAUUCGGCUCGAUUAGAAAAAACCAAAACCCAGUCUGUCGAAAAUCCCUACCCAACAUUUCCUUUUUAUUUUCCUAACGUGUUACCCCCUGAACCAUCACCCUUGGUUGCUAAUUCCUCAUGGAUUCCCUCAUAUCCUAUUCUACCACUUUACAAUUCUGAAGUACUUCCGUGUUCGUUAGACAUGGGGUCAUUAACACCCAGUCAAGUUGAACAGCAGUUGGAAGCAGAAAACGCGGUGGCAGCACUCGUUGCUGAAGUUUCCAGGGCUGCUGUAGCAUCCGCCUCUCAAAAAUCUGUGGUAACUGACAAACCUAAAAACAAACAUACCGCAAAGCGUCGUAUGACCGGCUUUUAUCCUGCAAAAGUAGGAUCUACUGGUACUCGAAAACGAGAUGAAUUAGACGUCGGAUUCGCGUUUGAUCUUUCUGCCCGACCUUCAGCUAGAACCACAAGAGGUCAGACCUCCAGUGCUACUUCACAUGCUACACUUGAAGACAGUCGUAAUCGAACUCCAAAGACACUAAUAUCUAUGGCAAGGUAUGUGAGUAGCGUUUCCCAACGAAUAAUUCAUUUUUUAUAUAUACUUAACCCCCAAUAUAGUUUCGGAAAAUCAGUUUUAAGUAACAUCUCAAUAAUUUAGACCGUCUUUUCUUUGACAUUAUUCAACCCUUUUCUAUAGAACGUUUAGUUUUCUAACGAAUUUUCGAAAAGAAACGUACUUAAUAUUUGUUAUUUGACUCAACCUCUUUUGUAGAAUACGUACUAACAAAUAAAAAUUGUCAACGUGUGUAAAUGAUUGACGGUCUGUUUACCAUCUUGACUUAUAGACAACUGCGAAACGCAAGCUAUUAUUUCUAUUAAAAGCAAAUGUAAAUCUGAUAUAUAACUUAUCGGCAAACCAUUUUUACACGUAAAAUUAUCAAUCCAUCAUAUUAUUCACUUGUUUUCUCAUUAUUUAACUCCUGAAAGCAAUAUUGCACAAAACCAGUUUAUUUUAAACAAAAUAUCUAAUAUCAAAUAACACGUGUAUCAGCUUCUUUUUUAGACGUAUAAAUGUAAAUGUACUUGUAUUUCCAUGUUAAGCCUCGUCUUUCAUCAUUCUCAGUGACUCCAGUUAUCCUAAACGUACACACUUCUAGUUCAGGCGUUAAAUAAUUUUUAAGCAUAUUUACAUUUUUUGUACCUCAUUGACUUAGGUACUCGUUUUAAUUCAGUUGCCAGACAGUUGUCUAUCCACCAACUUUUCGACUGUAUAGUGUAUCAUAUAGCUCUACAAAAGGCUGAGUUCGAAGUUCAGUACAGGAAUAUAUGCUGUCGUUAAAUCACACCUGUUUAUCUUCGCAAGUGGAAAGUCAUAUUUCCAACAGAAGUGACUUACGUAAUAUUGCUUAAUUUUUCAAUAUUGCAAGUACAACAAUUGUCCAUAAUAAAUACAUUUUCCUGAGUACUUUUAUUGCGUUUCACAACCACCACAGUCUCGGUUACUCAUUUGUUUCAUACCCCAAGGCUAUCUUCAAUCAUAGUAGUAAUAAUGGAUUAAGUUUGUUAUAUUGUCUGUUACUCUCAAAACCACUUUCGCACAAAUCAUUUUAAUUGUGAAUAAUAUGAAUAAGCGCUGCCCUCAUUCAUCUGGCGUAACGUUUACACUUCGUUUAAAAGCAUUUUUUAUUAUUUUUCCGUUAGCGAUGUUAGUACAUCUGGAACUACUGUGAUCAUAACUACCGAACAUGCAACUGACGAAGAUAAUAAGCCGAAUUUCGUGCCAAAUGAACCUGUGAAAACUAACCAGUCCCAGUUUUCUGUUCAUAAACAAACUCCUUAUACUUUUGGAAAUCAUAUGAGUCAAUCAUACCUUCGAGAUAGCGGCCUAGCAUCUCGUGAGUAUUUCCGAUAUCGUGCUGCUUGUCUAUUAGAUCGUGAAAAAUCGGGCGCAGGACAGUCACAAGAAAUGAACACAUUGUAUAGGUUUUGGUCAUUCUUUUUACGAGACAACUUCUUCCAUGGUAUGUACAAGGAAUUCAAACGUUUGGCUCUCGAAGAUGAAGCGUCUGGUUAUCGAUAUGGAUUGGAAUGCUUGUUUCGAUUUUACUCGUAUGGUUUGGAACGUCGUUUCAAAUGGUCUCUUUAUAAGGACUUCCAGGUAAAUUUUGUAGUGCAGUUUCCUCUGUUUACAUAUCCCGUUUUUACCUUUUUAUGAUUUUGAACACUGCUUCAACUUCAUAAGGAAACUAUUUAAUGUUACUGUCACAUCAUACAUAUAUUUCAAAAUAAAUUUAUGUCAUAACCAGCUCAACCACAUUACGUCUCGUGUACAAGUAAUGUCCUCUAAUUCACACAUUCACUAAUGCAUAUAAUACGUUUCUUGAACAUUUGCACCCUUCACUUUCCACUUGCUAACCUGUAGUUUUUAUUUACCCCAUAGGAACAAGCCUUGAGAGACUACAAAAAUGGACAUCUAUAUGGGUUGGAAAAAUUUUGGGCUUUCUUGCACUAUAGUGGACGCAAAGUAGAAGUCAAUCAUGCACUAAAAGAGCUACUGCAGAAGUACAGGACUAUUGAAGACUUUCGUGUCAAUGUAAGAUGUUUACAGUUUGACUUUUUCAUUUGGUAUAACCUAGUUCCCCUCAUAAAGUCUUCAAAUCGUUAAAAAAUCUUGUACUAAGUGAAUUUACUUGUUUUUAAACUUUUUAUGUUCUGUUUUUAACUGUAUAACACUGCUUAAUUAGUUAUCAUUUCUGUCCAGCUGUUUUAACGUACAAACAUGUUUUUACUAUGCAAUAGAGCUUCCAGAGUAAAGAGUUAGCUAUUCACAAAGAAACAAUCAUUAUGACAUCUGAAUUUUGUCAAAUUAAUUUUCCAAAAUAAGUUUUCUGCUGAGUUGUAGCUCACAUACUUGGUUAGGGUUAGCGAAGAGUACUGUUUGUUGUAUAGAAGCAAAUAAACGAAGCCUUUUCCACUAAACUGCACAAUUAAUAAGUUUUCUUUUUUUUUGUUUUUUUAAUCAGUUUGAAGUUCCUGAUGGAUUUUUUGGUUAUCGCAAAAGACUUCCUUCUACAUCAGCUUCUGUGCCUUCAAAUUUAUCCUCCGAUUUUCCUAUUCAACCUACUUCUGUUUGAGUUCUAUAUUAAUUAUUAUAUUCCCACUGCAACCAGUUGGGUGACUAAUGUUCUAAUUGUUAAAGAUACCUUGUUCAUUUUGUAUUUAAUUAAUUUUCUUUCUAAACGUAUCAUUAAACAGUUUCCAGUAAUUUCAAACAACACAGUAAUCUAAUGCGACUCACUAUCAGGAAGUUUUUGAAAUUUAUUAGUAUUUCCAUGGGUUAUAUGGGAUAAAUUAAUAUUUACCCCUAACCAAUAUAUUCAGAGCAUUUUUUUCAAUAUGUGGUUUCCACUGUUUGAACUUUGUGUUUAAAUUUUUGUGUACACAUUUUUUUUACCUAUGUGAUAAUAAUACCGUACAUUCUCUAUUCUGAAACUUAUCAUGUUUUUUGAAACAAAUAAAUCCUUAAUGCGUAAAUAAUAACAGUUACAAUGUAAAAUGAUGUUAUUUUUCCUUACAAAAUGUCAGGUUAAAUUUGGCUUUUGUCUGGUAAUAAAUCGUUUAAAUACAUAGCUAUUGCACAUUUUAACUUUUUAUUGUUUCUCAACAUCAUUGCAGAGGUCAAUCUUCAGAUAUAUUAUUUUCCUCUUGAGAGCUGUUUUGAUAAUUGCAUGUAAGUAAUUUUGUAAAUUCGACCUUAAAAUACCAUAGUAUUGUGGAUGAACAGUUCUAUCUCACUCUCACAGACUUAUAGAACCUUUAGUAGUCCAUGUAAUGAUUCAAU